AUGGUUCGCACUCAGAGAUGCUUCAAUGGCCAGCGGCACAAUCAAUCAUCUCUGGCGAAUCGUGGCAGGGUCUCUAGGGAUGGUCGCUUGGGCGAGCACAGGAGUCUUUUCCCAUUUCGAUUAGCACAUUCGCAAUUAACGCAAGCGCAACUGCUGCAAGAGGGGCCCAACUUGGGGAACCCACAACCCACUUCAAUAGAUGACUGGAUUCAAGUUGAGUGCCCGCUCUUUGCGCGACCGAACGUGAGCCUCACUGGGGCCACACUCAUUCGACAGGGCUUGGUAGAGACCGAGCUGGAGCCGAAAAAGGGCACUCUUCACAGAGAGUUACGGCACAAUGACGGUUCUGAGCGGUACCGGAUGCGGCUGGGUUCACACGACACCACGGGGCGCGAUGGGGCAGCCGCGGAUGCGCGAUCCAAAUGGCCAAUAGGGCGGUGCCAUGCGGCACGGCGGUAUAUGAACUCGUGGCAGCAGCAAAGAAGACCGUCCUUCAGUCCCCCUUGUGAGUGUUCUCGCUGCGCACCGUCGUAUUUCGGUGUUAGGUGUGCAUUCAUUAGACUCUUGGUGGUGUAUCUUGGGUUUGAGAGAUUUUUUUUGUUGGCGUUUCUUUUCCGCGUAGGUUUCUGCCCUGGUGCUCGAAACAUUUGUGUAGCGGCCAUCAAUAUGUCUAGCGGAGGUCCCAAGGGUGGAAAGAAUAAUGAUGAGAACAAGAUCAUCAUUAAAGUGGCUGGUGUUGUCGUGGCAACAGGCGUUGCAUGGGGUUUGUACAAGACAUUUAGCAGAAAGGAUCAUCCUCUCGUAAACACGGAGAUGGGAAUCAAGAAGGAUGCUUCGAAUGCAUUUGAUACCACAAAGAGCAAAUCCCAAGAAGCGAAAGAUGCCGCUGACUAUAAGGCAUCUCAGGCCAAGGGAGGGAUAAGGGAUGCUGCUGGUAACUUGGUUCACAAGCUUGAGGAUGUAGGCCACAAGGUGCAGGAUACCUUCAGCAGAGGUGCUCACGUGACAGAGGAUAAGGCUCAGGAAGGAAAGGAAUACGUCAAGGAUAAGGCUCAAGAAGGGAAGGGCUACGUGAAAGACAAGGCCGCCCAGAUUGAUGACAAGGCUCGGUCCGCUAGAAAUGAUGCGGAGAACAGGGGGUGGGGAGCGAAGAACGAAGUUGAGAGCAAGGCCAAUGAAGCAAAGCAGCAGACACGAGGCUUCUUUGGUAAGGCCAGGAACGAAGCUAAUGAUGUUAAGGGCACAUUUGAGGACAAAUCUAAGAGUCUGAAAGGAUCAGUGGAGGAGAAGGGCAGGGAAUCCAAGGGCGCUUUGAAGGAUGCCGGCAACAAUGUUAAGGGAUUCACUCAGGACAAGAAAGAGAAGGUGCAAGAAGCUGGAAGGGACCUUUACGGUAAAGGCGUAGACGCAAAGAAGAGGAUUGAUGGCAAGCAGGUUACCAUCCAAAAGGGUGACACACUGUGGGGCUUGUCUCGGAAGUACAAUGUCUCAGUAGAGUCGUUAAAGGCUGCUAAUGGCAUUAUUGUUGGAGACGCUCUGGAUGCUGGAGACAUCAUCACCAUCCCAGUGGCCACUAAGUAAGGAUUUAAUGGUUCUUUUUAGGUAGCUUAAGGACGAGCACCUGUAGACCAUGGGACUGUACUGUACCUCUGCCUUCUGGGUAGAGCAAGGCCGCGGGUCUGAGUAGAUAUAUGAGUUGGAGUAGAGUUUUGGGAAAGCACCUGAUGAACCAAUUCAUCGGGUACUGACGUGAGUUGUUUCUUUUGUAAAAAGCUCAUGCGGGCCUGCACAUAGCUGUUUGUGAAGUGACCAAUAGAUGGAUCAUUGUUGUCUUCCAGUCUUCGCAGUGCGACUCAUCGUUGCGACGUGUUCGACGGUUUGUACAUGUUUGUAACAGUUAAUUGAUUUUUCUCAAGCAUCACAUUUA